CUGCUAAUAAAGGUGGUGGCAACGGGUCACCGCAGCGCUGGGGAUUCUCACACAUCUCAUUAAAAACCCUUCUCGGAGAACUGAAGAUGCGCCUUUGUGUCCGCACGCCCCCAUGUCACUUGCUGAGCAGGAGGUGAGCGGAGAUCUGUGCCCCACUGACGCCUGACACCGCUGUCACACGUGAUGUGGGACCUCUGCCGCUGCACCCACUCAGUGUGGAGCACGGCAGCAUCGUGUCACCCCCGCAGAGGGACGUGGAGCCAGCAGGGGCUGCCACCCGGCGAGGGAUGGGGACGAAGGGCCACCUGGGGCUGCUGUUGCUGCUGACUCUCCCUUCGUUCGGGCCGGCCAGGAGCUGGCUUCGGCCAUCGGUCAUCGGGGGGCACGAGGCCAAACCCCACUCCAGGCCCUACAUGGUGUACAUCCACAUUGCGAGGGCUGGCACCUGCGGGGGAGCGCUGCUGCACAAGCGCUGGGUGCUGACGGCCGCCCACUGUGUCCCUCCGGGGACGGAGGCUGUCGGGACGGUGAUGGUGGGGCUGCACAGACUGCAGGAUCGCGGGGUGGACACACAGACCUUCCCCAUCCAGGCGGCCUGUCGCCACCCUGGCUACAACCACCAGACGCUUGAAAACGACCUGCUCCUGCUCCAGCUGAAGGGGAAGGUGACGCUGAGUAGGACGCGGCAGGUCGUCAGGCUGUUGGGGCGGGAGCCGGCGGCGGGGACGGCGUGCAGCCUGGCGGGCUGGGGGACACGCGGGCACGGGGAGCUCUCGUCCACGCUGCAGGAGAUGGAGGUCGAGGUGCUGGACACGCGGAUGUGCAACAACAGCCGCUUCUGGAACGGCGAAAUCGCCCCCACCAUGAUCUGCUUCCAGGGUCGCCACAGGGGAUCGGCACCCACCAAGGGUGACUCCGGGAGCCCCUUGGUGUGCGGGAAGCGGGCGGCGGUGGCCGGUGUCAUGUCCUUCAGCAGCAAAAAAGCCACCGACCCUUUCAAGCCUCCGGUCGCCACCUCGGCCGUGAAACACAAGAAAUGGAUCCAGAAAACGCUGCGGAGGGGCUGCGGCUCCCCCCAGCCCGGGCGCACGGGACAGAGAGACCACCCCCUCCUAUUUACACAGGGCAGCUCCCCAGCCCCGUGACACCACCCUGCGAGCAUCCCCUGGGACGAGCCCGUCCGGACCCCCCAUCCGCCCACCAGCGAGACCCUGCCCGGCUCCUUCCGCGUCUUUUCCACCCAAAACCGCCUUGAACCAGU